UACAUGUAUGAUACUCAAUAUAGUUGGAAUAAUCACAUUAAUAGUUGCAUUGAUAAUUAUCUUCAGUCUCAAAUCUGUAUAGAUACUUCCAUUAUAAGUGGUAGUGAGAAUUACACUGACAGUUACAUUUAUAGGGUCGUUUGUGGUGGUGAAAGUAAAAAUAGUAGUGAAAACGAGGGUUCGAGUAUACAAACUCGCACAAAGGGCAGUGAUUUAACUAUAAGAGAAAGUUCUAAUGGCAGUGAUUUAACUAUUGGCAGUAAUUUAACUAUUGGCAGUGAUUUAACUAUAAGAGAAAGUUCUAAUGGCAGUGAUUUAACUAUUGGUAGCGAUUUAACUAAUGGCAGUGAUUUAACUAUAAGAGAAAGUUCUAAUGAUCUCAAGGUAACUCAAAAAUACAGGCAUUUGUGGGUUCAAAGCGAGAAUUGUUAUGGAUUAAAUUAUAAGAAAUUUUUUAAAUUAAAAAUGAAUAUUUGUGAACAAUGUGGAUAUCAUUUGAAAAUGAGUAGUUCGGAUAGAAUUGAACUUUCGGUCGAUCCGGGUACUUGGGAUCCUAUGGAUGAAGACAUGGUCUCUCUGGAUCCCAUUGAAUUUCAUUCGAAAGAGGAGCCUUACAAAGAUCGUAUUGAUUCUUAUCAAAGAAAGACAGGAUUAACCGAGGCUGUUCAAACAGGCAUAGGCCAAAUAAACGGCAUUCCCGUAGCAAUUGGGGUUAUGGAUUUUCUGUUUAUGGGGGGUAGUACGGGAUCCGUAGUCGGAGAGAAAAUCACCCGUUUGAUUGAACACGCUGCCAAUUAAAUUUUACCUCUUAUUAUAGUGUGUGUUUCUGGGGAGGGCGCAUGCAGGAAGGAAGUUUGAGCUUGAUGCAAAUGGCUAAAAUAUCGUCUACUUUAUAUGAUUAUCAAUUAAAUAAAAAAUUAUUUUAUGUAUCAAUCCUUACAUCUCCGACA